AUGGAAUCAGUUGAAUCAUUCAAAUAGAUUCAAGAAUUAGAACUUAGCAAAUCAAAAAUGAGUUAUUUUUAUUUCUUCCACAUGUUCUAUAAUUAAUAAUUAUAAUCCAUUUUCUGUAGACAUCUAGAUUCUAUUUAUAUUUUAUUUCAGUAAACAACAGGAAGAUAUGGAAUUCAUAGAAAAUUAUAGAUACUUAUAAAGGUGGUAGUUUGA